AGGCUCAAGGACACAACGUCUUUCUCCCUGUCUCCUGUAGAAGAACGUCCUGCAGGGCGAGCAGAGGGACCACGUGUGGACCAGGGAAGGAUUCUACACCGUCGUCCUCUUCUUCACCGUCUUCGUCAUCGUCGUCACCUGCUUGAUGGUUUUGUACCGACUCAAAGAGAAGGUCCAGGUUUCUGAGACACAGCUGAAAGCUCCGCCCCCUGACCUCCACCUGACCCCGAACGCCCUCCAAGACUACGCCCAAAGGUCAAAGGGCACCAAGGUCGUGACGUCAGGAAGCAUGGUCCAGGCCGAGCUCCCUCCAUUGGUAGCCACGCCCAUUCGCCUGCAGCAGCAGCCUAUUGUAGCCUGCCGGCGGCUAGCCCCGCCUCCCGUCACCCCGCUGCCCCGCUCCGCCCCUUUCUCCGCAAGCAGCGACCACGCCUCCCAGGCCAGCGUUGCCGCGGUGACGCCCCCCAACGAGCUGAAGCCCUGCCCCUCCCCCUUCAGGAUGAAGCCUGCGGCGGGACUGCAAGAGAGGCGAGGCUCUAACGUGUCCCUGGUGUUGGACAUGUCGGCCCUCGGCUCCGUGGAGCCCCUCAGCGCCGUUGCCGUGGUGACGCCCCGGGAGGCGGUGGCCAGGGAGUACUUGCUGGCGGCCGGUCGGCCUCUGACGCGGCAGCAGCUCCGCGACGCGGUCGGCAACGCGCACCGGCUGCACGCCGAGUUCGCCGAAAUUCCCAUGAAUUUCAUUGAUCCCAAGGAGCUCGAUGUUCCAAAUCACGGGACCAAGAACAGAUACAAGACCAUACUGCCCAAUCCUCAUUCCAGAGUGAUCCUCAAGUCAAAGAGCUGCAACGACCCGCUGAGCUCGUACAUCAACGCCAACUACAUCCGGGGUUACCUGGGCCACGAGAAGGCCUUCAUCGCCACGCAGGGUCCCAUGGUGAACACGGUGAACGACUUCUGGCAGAUGGCCUGGCAGGAGGAGGCGCCCGUCGUCGUCAUGAUCACCAAACUGAAGGAGAAGAACGAGAAGUGCGUCUUGUACUGGCCUGAGAAGAGGGGCGUCUACGGGAAGGUGGAGGUGCUGGUCACCGGCCUCAGGGAGUGUGACCACUACACCACCCGCAGCCUCGCCCUCAAGUGCGGGAAUCAAACGCGCGCCAUGCAGCACUACUGGUACACGUCGUGGCCCGACCACAAAACCCCCGACGCCACCACGCCGCUGCUGCAGCUGAUGUCCGACGUGGAGGCGGAGCGACGGGCCGCGGGGCCGGUGAUCGUCCACUGCAGCGCCGGGAUUGGCCGGACGGGCUGCUUCAUUGCCACGACGAUAGGCUGCCAGCAGCUGCAGAGGGAGGGAGGGGUGGACGUGCUGAGCAUCACCUGCCAGCUCCGAGCAGACAGAGGUGGGAUGAUCCAGACAGGUGAGCAGUACGAGUUCGUCCAUCUCGCCCUCAGUCUGUACGAGUCCCGCCUCUCAGCAGAAACCGGCCAAUGAGGAGGCGUCGACUUGAACGCGCUCACGCAGCAAAGUCUUCGAUAUUAGGGAAUUCCCUGGGGGAGGAUCUUUGAG